AAUACGUUAAUAGCGGGUAUUACGAGGAUUAGCUUCGGCCUAGGUAAGGAAAUCGUUGCCCUAAGUAUAAUAAAAAUAAAAACGCACUUUAGAAUAAUAACUUUCUAUAUCCUACCCGUUAAUACCCUAUUUCUCCUAUAUUUAAAAGAUAUAGAUCGACUAAGUAUUAUAUUUAAUAAUAUAAAGAACAAAAUCUCUAGCCAUAAGCACUUCGAAAUAGUUAAAUAA